CCUCAGGAUGACUGGGAGUGACGCAGGGCGGACGGAAAAAACCGGGGCUUGAGGGGGAAGGACAGGGCGGUGAUGCAGGAGGGAGUGUAGCGUUGAUUUCACAGGUUCAAGCCCGAUGCACGAGGACAUGACACCCACCCGUACACAGGCUGCCCUGUGACUGACAGACUGUAACAAUCAUAGUGAUACUGAGGAGACAUCAGCUCAUCCUUGGGGAGGAUCGGUGUGGAUACACUCCCAGGUGACGUUGCUCCCGGUUUCUGUUCAUGGCCAAGUAGCCUCGUCAUCCCAUUUUCUCCCCGAACACCCAAGUUGCAAGACUCAUUCAGUGGGAGCAUAUUUCGGACCCAUCCCUCCGUCAUUUUAACGAGCCUCCAUCAUCAUGAACUACCUACGCCGUCGACUCUCGGACAGCAAUUUCAUGUCCAACCUGCCCAAUGGCUACAUGAGCGAUCUCCAGCGGCCCGACCCGCCGCAGCAGAGCCCCGCAGUGUCGCCCGGGCCGUCGGAGAGGCGUCAGUCCACCACCGGCAGCCCGCAGCCUCAGCAGCAGUCUGCAGGUGGAGGCGCUGGCUUCUUCUCCUCCAUAUCCAACGCUGUCAAACAGACCACAGCUGCCGCGGCCGCCACCUUAUCCGAGGCUGCGGACCGGGCAGGGGUCUCCAGCAGCGCCAAGAUCCUCCUGGUCAUCGAUGACCAGCAGACCGACUGGGUGAAGAUCUUCAGAGGAAGAAAGAUCCACGGGGAAUUCGACAUCAAGGUGGAACAGGCUGAAUUCUCUGAAAUCAGUCUGGUGGCGAAUUCUACAGGCGGCUACAAUGUGGACAUCGAUGCAAUCAGGAACGGACAUAAGGUUACUAAGUCCUUUAAGCCAGACUUCGUGCUGAUCAGACAGCACGCCUUCAGCAUGGACAAGAACGGAGAUCACCGUAACAUAGUGAUCGGCCUGCAGUACGCUGGACUGCCUAGUGUUAACUCUUUGCACUCUGUCUACAAUUUCUGUGACAAACCGUGGGUGUUUGCUCAGAUGUCUAGACUCUACAAGCAGCUAGGCCCAGAGGAGUUCCCACUGAUUGAGCAGGUUUACUAUCCAAACCACAAGGAAAUGAUCACCUCCCCUCACUUCCCUGUAGUAGUAAAGAUGGGCCAUGCUCACUCAGGAAUGGGAAAGGUGAAAGUGGACAAUCAAUAUGAUUUUCAAGAUAUUGCCAGUGUUGUGGCACUGACCAAGACUUAUGCCACAUCUGAGCCUUUUAUUGAUGCAAAGUAUGACGUCCGCAUUCAGAAGAUUGGAAACAAUUACAAGGCUUACAUGAGAACAUCUAUUUCUGGCAACUGGAAAACCAACACUGGCUCAUCUAUGCUCGAGCAGGUGGCCAUGUCUGACAAGUACAGAAUGUGGGUGGACUCUUGUGCCGACAUCUUCGGAGGGUUGGAUAUCUGUGCUGUGGAGGCUCUACAUGGCAAAGACGGCAAGGACUACAUUAUAGAGGUUGAUGACUGUUCCAUGCCGCUGAUUGGGGACCAACAGGAUGAAGAUCGUGUUCAGAUUGCAGAACUGGUGGUCUCUCAGAUGAACCAGACUGUUCCACGCACUUCCAGCUCUUCCACCGUCCGUGCCUCUGCAGGACAACCAGCACAGAAAGCAGUGUCUCCUCAGCCUGUCUCUCAGCCAAGAGUACCACAGACUCAGCAGCGGCCCUCACCUCAGGGUGGUCCACAGCAAAGUCCCCCAUCUCAGCAGCGCCCACAGCCUCAAGGUCAACCACCUGCACAGGCCCAGCAGUCUGCUACCAGCCCUGCUGCAGGUGAACCCGGUGCCCAGGGUAAGGCUCAUCAAGGACCUGCAGCACAGCCAAGGCCACAAGGUCAGGGAGCUCCUCCAGGUCAGAGACCUUCCUCUGGUCAGGGCUCUCCUCAGCGAAGCCAGGGAGGUUCCCCUCAAACUCAGAGGCAACAGUCUGCCUCCCAGCAGAAACCACCUGCAGGAGCCCCUGGCCAGAAACCUCCAGGUGGCCAACCCCAACAGAGGCCUGCCCAGCCGCCUAGGCAGCAGUCACAGGGGGGGGCACAGAGGCCUCACGGUCAGCAAGGUCGCCCUGGAGCACCCACCACCCAGCAGCCUCGACCUGCUGCUCCAGGCCAGGGGGCCCCAGGAGGACGACCUCCACUGCAGCAAAAGCCUCAGCCUCCACAGAAACCCAGCCAGGACAACCAGGCAAUGGGCGGCUCCCCACAACUAAAAAACCCCAGCACCACGAGCCAGCCUUAGCCAGGACGAGGUGAAGGCCGAAACCAUACGCAACCUGCGCAAAUCCUUUGCCAGUCUCUUCUCAGACUGAGACGGCAUAAGCCCCCACCCCUCCACCCCUCUUCCUUCUGUCAGAAAGAUGGACAGGCAAACUGAAGGACAGAUACCUUCUCCCCCCCAAACCAACAAGGAGCAACAGGAAGUCGCCUCCGAUUCAUGUAUAUUGACCCUGAUGUGAAAGUGUACACACACGACACUAACUGCCUAAAAUAGUUCAGAUAUUUUAAAAGGAACACAAAGUAGAAUACAGAGUCAAUUUAGGCACUGACGUCACAAACAUUCCUCGCUUCGCGUCACGCUUAAUUAACUCAUCGUUGUGUCAGACAAACUGUGUGUGUGCACACACACACACACAUACAGACACACACUCACACCACCACACAUAAGCCUGUAUAUGCAUGAGAACACGCACAAGAAUAAAAAACAACACAAUGCUGCUCCCUAUUGCUAGUCAAUGCUGUAUAGUCAUUGUGAUCUUUACGUUCGAAUUUUGGUCGGACUACUUAACAACCAAAUCAAUUUAAGGACUGUACAAAAGCUGUUGGGGUGGGGAGGUUUGCUAGAUCUUGUAAACAUGAUCAAACUUUUUUUCGAAAGAGCUGCUUGAUAAACUGUAAUUAUAGCCACAUAAUAGAAUGAGUGACAGCUCUGGGCUGAGGGGAUUGUGCAUCCCAGCCAUGUCCUCUACAUAUAAUUAGAUCCACCUUCAUCACACACGUGAAAAAAGCAAAUUUUUGAUGUAAAAAUAGAAUCUCCUUUUACUUUCCACACAAAUCACACAAUAUAGAAUAUGUUCUAAAUAAAAAAAUACAAGCAUGGAGUAAGAACAAUAAUAAAUAUAAUGAAUAAAUAAAUAAGUAUUUAUUUGAAUAUAAUUAAAUACUUUUCCUUUCACAAAAAAUCUAAAUUACAACCCCUGCUUUUCUGACCCCCUUGCCCCUAAUAACUUUUGUACAGUCCAUACAGCUGCACUGUCCCGCAUAGACUGUCCUGUGUUCGGUAAUGCUUGAUCUGUUAGAGCUGUUGGCUGCUCACGGUGAUGUCUUAGCUGCAUGUCAACAGCAAUGGUUGCGUUUCCCCACCCCUUACACUGGCGCUUGUAAUUGUGUCGUCACAUGUAGUUGAAUUGGUUAGUAAAGUAGCCUGUAGUACUUGUUGUGAGAGUGUUGUUGCUGCCACUCCUUCCUGUUUUGUUUCCCCCCAACUUUCAGCAUGCCUUACAUGGACAAGAACGUCAGAUCAAAUGGAGCUGUCUCAGGGAUGUCCAAUUGAUUGUGACACUUCUGUGUGGGUGAGGGUCUUCCAUUACAGUUUCAUUGUGGCUGUUAACCCAUAAUGAAGGAAAAAGCAUGCAUCUUAAUGAGGUCGAAAGUUUUUAUUGUUUCAAAUGUAUUUGCACACAGAGUAUACUGCAACAUUAUACUUGAAUAGAGUGAUGCAGACUGAUGAGGUCUAUAGAUUCAGGUUUACUCAUCUGCCACUUGACAAAGCAACAGCUCACUGUUUCCACACUGGGGUGCUGCUGUGUGUGUGACAGGUGCGGUACGGUAGGAUACGCCAUAGGCAGAGUUGGCAAUGGUUCAGGUAGAUUUAGUGAUUUUAGUGAAGACUAUUUACAGUUUAAUUUCAUAUUCCCUUGAAUUCAAAGCAAUGUUACGAGAGAAACUAAUGGCUGCACCCAGCUAUUACAUUUAAAUGAUGCACAGUAAGUUAGUGAGGUUGAUGUCAGGGUUUAGCAGUCAGUCAGUGCAUUGUGAUUUUGCACUGAAUUAACUCCAACUCUGAAUAUGUGUCAUGCAGUGCAGCAGAGCUGCUGCCAUACAUGCCCCUCUGUCAGACCACAACCCAAAGCAUAUGCUAAGCCAAGGAAUGUCACAUGUUUUAUUGCAGCUAAUCUCUAUACAAUAACGAAAAAAUGAUGCAAACAUAAAGGAAUGUCAAGUGUGAGAUGCACCUCUGCAGCACAUUGAGCACUUCCUGUCACCCCUUCUUUGCACUGACAAGUCUUUCUUUGAUCAUUAUUCUGAAAAUCUGAGCUGAAAUACGCCUCAGUUUCCAGGCACUGAAAAUGUCUUCCACAAGAAGUUCUUUUCAUGCAAAUGUUGAUGUAGUAUGGCAAUAUCAAGCUUUAUAGAGAAGACCCAAUAGCCAAAAGAAUAGAGAAGUCCUGGUUCCCCUGCAGAUUCUCUGUGCUGCCUGUGUUCAUCGUCAGGCUAUCUGUGUAGCCACAGUGACCCCUUGUGCUCAAUGGUGAAUGUGUGAAUGUUGUUCUGUAACUGGUGAAACCAAAUCGAUGUGUUGUACAGAGCUCAGAGUGAUGCAGACUGUCUCCUCCAUCCCCUGCUGCUACUCGUGCUUGUUGAUAUAUGUGUCUCUAAACUUUCGUUUUCAAGAUUUGUGCAUUUUUGUUUCGAUUAUCUUGGACAUGCUUCAAUGAGGCAAGACUGUGGAUUAAAGCAGAAGUAAUUUAGGGAUUCAUUUUUGGAAUUUUACGGAGACUAGGUGUCAGUACAUGAUUGUCAGAGCUCACCGCCAGGAGCAGCCUUGUGUAACUGUUAACACUGAGUGUGUUAUUUAUGAAAAUGAGCCAUCAGAAUUAGCAUGGAUGGUUUACUUUGAAAAAUGUCAUGCUGUUACUCAGAGUGCUCUUGGCCAUACUAAGAAGCAACUGCCUGAGAUUGAUGAACAGCGACUGAAAUGCAAGAAGAAUAGUUUAUUGUAUUUAUGUUUUUGAUAUUCACAAUUGUUUUCUUUCUAAAUGUGUACAUUAUUCAUGGUGGAUAUAUUUGACUGUGAAUGUAAUCUUUUUUGUUACAGCUAGUUUUAUUGUUUUCUAACUGCAUAUAAUCUUUGUGAAAAGAUGAAAUCCGUACAAAUUUGAACUGAUUGUCGAUCGAUGCCUGCCAGAGUUAAAAAUUAUAAAUGUAAGUGCAAAAAUCAAAAGGCUGAGGUUGUUGUGAAUUAAAAAAAAAAAAAAGCAUAAUGUAAAUCAUGGUGGAUUAUUGAAUUAAAUGUAAAAGAAUAUUUGAUGUUAUAUGCAAUGUAGCUAUAUCAAGUGAAAAUGAGUAUGUUCUUAAAACAUGCACAUGUCUAAUAAAGUCUAUA